AUGAAAAGAUCUCUAACAGAAGAAGUCACUUCCUCACCCACAACUUCCAAGCAAGCAAAAUACAAUCACGAUGAAAAAAUUGGAAAAUACAAAAAUGUUUUUUGCCCUGAUGUGUUGAGUGUCAUAUUUUCAUUCAUUCCGGUCAUGGAUGAAACCUUACUUUCCAUAAAAUUAGUCUGCCAUCUGUGGUAUGAUAGUUUGAAAGGAGAAUUCAGACACAAUUUGAUUCAUUCGAUUACUGAUUAUUUGCAAAGUCAAUUUGAACUUGAUGAUGAUAGAGAAACCAUGACAAGAUUGUUGGUUUUGGUAAAGCAGUGGUUGGGAGCAAGACAAUACACAAUUAAUUUGUUGCAAGAAACUGGUGUGGAAAUGGAUAAAUGUGUACAGAAAUUAUACAAGAAGAAGAGUUUUCCAAAUAUUCAAGUCUUGGCAUAUGAUUCAAUAGAGGAAUAUGAGGAUUUUGUGGUGUUGCUUGUUCAUUUAGACGCGGACGUUUAUAUGAAAAUGACAAUUCUUUACUCAACUGCUGAGGAUUGUUUUACAUAUGUUGAUGUUUUUGGAAAUUAUGAUUGGAAAACUAAAUUGAAUAUUGAUCCUUCAAUUAAGAGGAAUACAGUAUUCAAAAUGAAUCCUAGUGAUGACAUGUUUAUUACAUCUUAUGAAAUGAAUAGAGAGUUUUUCACUUCGCUAUGUGAAUUACUGGAAAUUACUGGAAUAUCAGAAAAAGACCUACUGUUCAAUAUCUUGUGGGGUCCAAGAACUGAAUAUAGAAGUGUUGAAGGAGGUGAUAUACCAAUCAAAGAUGUAGAAUUUGAAAAGAAUGUUGAGAUUUCAGACGAAAGAAUGAACUAUUUAUAUGAACGAUUCAACUUGAAAUUAUUGAACGAGCCUGAGGUUAUUAAAAUGGCUUGGAGAAAUGCCACAAAGGCAUUUACAUCUGUCAUGGAGAAGAAACUAACUAGUAGAGAAACUAUUCCAGAAAUACUAGUCUCGAACGUUACAGGAAGUUUCUGUUCAUUCGAUUUGACAGCUAAUCCCAGAAGAUGUGUGGAAUCAACAUUUGAUUUGCUAUAUAAGGGUCAUGAAUUUGAAGUUACCUUUUUCCUUGUUCAAAGCUUCUUCUAUGGUCAUGAUUCUAUGGAUGAACCUCCAAGGUUUGAGUGCAAAUCCAAAACGAAUGGUUCCAUCUUUGAGUUUAUGUGCUAUGUAGACGAUUCUUAUCUUCAUUUUGAUGAAAUGCCUUUUCAUCAAAUGGUGCCACCAGAUAUUCCAAAAACAUACCACACCUUUAAGGAAUACAAACCAGAUCUACUCUGUAUUUUUUCUCAGUGGUUAGAGUUGGUUCCUAGAUAUCAUUUAUUGAGUGGCAGUGCUACUCUAUUUAUUGAGGAUGAUAACUCUCUGAAAUUCCUAAUUGAUCACAAUAAUAAUAGAUGGCAUCAAGGAGAAGUAGAUAGGAUUGAGGAAACUAAAUGUGAUGAUGAGUAUUAA